AUGCCGAAGCCAGCAUUUUGCAAGGGCAAUCCUGAUGAAUCAGUACCCUGCUAUUGCGAAGAGUACUCGGCACCCACAAAUAUUCCAGUUGGCCAAAAAGAACUUUGCGCUGAAUGUUUGCAUGGGAAGAGCAAACAUCCACGACCUCAACCGCCUGUACUGGCUGAGCUACCAGCAGUCGCUACUGCAAAGGAACGAGUUGGAGUGACAGCUAUAUUCAAGCAAUCGCUCGCUCGACGAGCAGGACAAGGUAGUCAGAAUACAACUACUGCGACAGCUGCGAGAGAUGAGGUAAUGGCAGGAUUUCGCCCACCUGCAAAGCAGAGAUUCCCAGGCAGGAUUGUAUCCUCGAGACAGGCCAGCUCUUCAAAGCAAGGUCACGUCCCGAUCAAAGUCGGUGCCAUUGCCAUCUUGGUGAAUUACCUCGAUGACAAAGGAGAGUUGUUGACCACAAUUCCGCCUGUCAGAACAGAGAUGUCGAAGUUAAAACGAAGAGGAUGCGCUCAUUUUGAUGGAGAUCAGUCUGAGGACGGAAGUGUGGAUUUCAGCUUUUGUUUAGACUGGACAUUUGAGGAAGUUGAUGCUUACAUUCGAAGAUUAUUUCCCAAAGUCUUUGAAUACCUUGACUCUGUGAAGGUUGGUGAUGUCAAAGGGAAGGCUACGGACAAUGGAGCAUCUGAAUGGGUGUUAAUUUCGAAAGAGAACCGCAGGCUCAGUGUCGCACCUGAGCCCUUCCCAACUGGCAAACACCUCGAACGGUACAAAGGCAGAAGCAAUGCCCCACUUCAACAGACAAAUAUCUUUAUUGGUAUCCGGAAAUUCGUACCUGAGCAUACUUAUGCACGCUGGGACCCAGACAUGGUUAUUAUUGAUAUAGCUGAUGACAGCGAUGACGGUGAUGACGGCGAUGAUGGCGAUGACGGCGACCAUAAACAAGAGUAUGGGCUUAAAAUCGAAGACGACAUAUUCACUCAAGUUCCAAAGAUUGUGCGUCCAAAACGUCCAAUGCAGCGUGGAACCCGUCAAGAACCAGCUCAGAAGAAAUUGCGUGGAGCUCAUGGACAGCCCAUUGCAUCGAAAACGGGGAACAAGUCGGGAAGAUCCUCAGGCCAAGUUAAACUUUUCUGUCCAAGUGGCUCUGAUACGGAUGACAGUCUCAACACCCUACCAGCUAGUCUGAAAGGGAUGUCAAUCUCACCACGGGUUCAGAAGCGUGCUCCACGCCAUAAUCCAAUGAUGCCAUUGAUCAAGGACGAAGAAAACCACCAGGAUAUCGACCUGCGAGACUUCGCAAAGGCUCAGAAUCAUCAUGUGCCCGGCGUACCUAAUCGACCACUCUUCCAGCCUCUCGUUUCGGUCCAACCUACGCUGAAUGACCUGUUGCGCGGCCACCCAGACGUCAAUGAUCCAUUGUCACGUCCGUUCCACAACCCCUGGACGAAGGACUACUUCAUUGGCUCUAUCAAACUUUGGCUUUAAUUUUGUGCGAAAGUCUCAUCAUCCCAUUUAAUUCCCCUUACUUCUUUGAAUCCUAUGUCAUUUGCCCUUUAAUCUUCCUCACUCCUUUUAAUCCUUCAUUCUGAGCCCAUACUACUAUUCAACUCUUCGUUUAAUUCCUAUCCCGCCAACUUAUCCUUCAUUAAAUGCUGGUUGGUUCAAUUGAAAAAUUUAGUUCAUCAGUUUA